AUGGCUCGCCUCCUUCAUUUGUUUCAAAAGGUGUUCUUCCUAAUGCUCUGGGGGGAGGCUGUAGGUGACAAGCUUCUGGUGGUCCCUCAGGACGGAAGCCACUGGCUCAGUAUGGAGAACAUAGUUGAGCUCCUCAGUGAGAAGGGGCAUGACAUUGUGGUGCUGGUGCCAGAAGUCAAUUUGCUUCUGAAGGAAUCCAAACACUACACGAGACAAAUCUACUCAGUGCCAUUUGGCCAGGAAGAGUUGGAGAACCGCUACCGCUCUUUUGGAAAGAAUCACUUUGCUGAGAGAUGGCUCCUGAACGCUGCUCAGAUGGAGUACAGAAAUAGCAUGAUUGUUAUUGACAUGUACUUCACCAACUGCCAGAGCCUUCUGGAGGACUCGGCCACGCUCAGUGUCCUCAGGCAGAGCAAGUUCGAUGCCCUUUUCACAGACCCAGCUCUGCCCUGUGGGGUGAUCCUGGCCGAGUACCUGGGCCUGCCCUCCGUGUACCUCUUCAGGGGCUUCCCAUGCUCCCUGGAGCAUACUAUCAGCAGGAGCCCAAACCCUGUGUCCUACAUUCCCAGGUGCUAUACUCAGUUCUCAGACAAGAUGACAUUUCCCCAACGGGUGGGCAACUACCUCGUUAAUUACCUGGAGACCUACCUGUUCUACUGUCUGUAUUCAAAGUACGAAGACCUUGCAUCCAAUAUCCUCAAGAGAGAUGUGCACUUACCCACCUUGUAUCGGAACGGCUCCAUUUGGCUGUUAAGAUAUGACUUUGUGUUUGAGUAUCCCAGACCAGUCAUGCCCAACAUGGUUUUCAUUGGAGGGACCAACUGCAAGAUGAAGGGAGUCCUGCCUCAGGAAUUUGAAGCCUAUGUUAAUGCUUCUGGAGAACAUGGAAUUGUGGUUUUCUCUUUGGGCUCCAUGGUAUCAGAUAUUCCUGAGAAGAAAGCUAUGGAGAUUGCUGAUGCUUUGGGCAAAAUACCUCAGACGGUCCUGUGGCGUUAUACUGGCACUCCACCACCGAAUCUUUCAAAGAAUACAAUACUUGUCAAGUGGCUGCCCCAGAAUGAUCUGCUUGGUCACCCGAAGGCUCGCGCCUUUAUCACACAUUCUGGCUCCCAUGGCAUAUAUGAGGGAAUAUGCAACGGCGUUCCAAUGGUGAUGCUGCCCUUGUUUGGUGAUCAGAUGGACAAUGCGAAGCGCAUGGAGACUCGGGGGGCUGGAGUGACCUUGAAUGUCCUGGAAAUGACUUCUGAAGAUUUAGCAAAUGCCCUAAAAGCUGUCAUCAAUGACAAAAGCUAUAAGGAGAACAUCAUGCACCUCUCCAGGCUGCACAAGGACCGCCCCAUCGAGCCCCUGGACCUGGCUGUGUUCUGGGUGGAGUUCGUCAUGAGGCACAAGGGGGCUCCCCACCUGCGUCCCGCAGCCCACGACCUCACCUGGUACCAGUACCACUCUUUGGACGUGAUCGGCUUCCUCCUGGCCGUGGUGCUGGGGGUUGUCUUCAUCACUUACAAAUGUUGUGCCUUUGGCUGCCGGAAGUGCUUUGGGAAAAAAGGACGGGUUAAGAAACCUCACAAAUCCAAGGCACACUGA